AUGAGUUUCCAAGAGAAAUUCAGUCCCCAUGAGGGCCCCAAUACCGAGUUCGAGGCCGAGGGCCAGAUCCGAGCCCAGUCGUCCUCGUCUGACCUCCCUCCGCUGACCAAGACCACGGAGCUCAAGCUCAUGGCCAAGGUGGACUGGCAUAUUGUGCCCUGUCUGUGCAUCCUGUACCUGCUUGCCUUUUUGGACCGAGUCAAUAUCAGUAACGCAGCGGUCCUGGGUCUGCAGGAAGACCUGAAAAUCGUGGAUGGGAUGAAGUACAACACGGCCCUGACGAUCUUCUUCGUCCCCUAUGUCAUUUUCGAGAUUCCGUCCAACAUCCUGCUCAAGAAAUUGAAGCCCCAUGUGUGGCUCUCCAUGUGCAUGUUCAUGUUCGGCCUGGUCACAAUCUGUCAGGGUCUGGUCUCCAACUGGGGUGGCCUCAUGACCACGCGUUGGUUUCUGGGAAUGUUCGAGACCGGCAUGUUUCCGGGCUGCUUCUACCUCUUGGGAAUGUGGUAUAAGCGCAGCGAAGCCCAAAAAAGAUUCAGUUUCUUCUUUAGCUCCACCACCCUCGCCGGUGCCUUCGGAGGCCUGUUGGCUAGCGGACUGGGGAAAAUGGACGGAAUCAGAGGGUAUGGAGGCUGGCGGUGGGUGUUCAUCAUUGAGGGCCUCAUUACCUGUGUCGUCGCCAUCAUCUUCUUCUUCCUCCUUCCUGGGUUCCCAGAGGAUGCGAAAUGGCUCACCGAGGAGGAGCGCGAGUUCAUGCGCGUGAAGCUGGCCAAGGAUACCGGAGGCGCGGGCCACCACGCGAAGAUAGGCUUGCGCGACGUGUUGGAUGUUUUCAAGGAUUACAAGAUCUUCAUCGGUGGGUUGAUGUAUUUCGGGCAGGUUGUCACGGCCUAUGCCAUCAUGACCCAGCUAUACUCCAUUCCUCCGUGGGCAGCGGCUUGGGGAUUUUCCAUGCUGGUUGCCAUCCUGUCAGACAAGACAAGACAUCGGUUUGCCUUUACCAUCGGCCCGAUGCUGAUCGCUAUGGCUGGAUUUGGUAUCUUACUGAACGUGCAUGGGGAAGCCCACCGCAACGUUCAGUAUGCCGCUCUGUUCUUGGUCACGAUGGGCUGCUACAGUGCGAUGCCUGUGAUUGUGUGCUGGUACGCCAUGAAUCUGUCCGGUCAUCGUCGCCGCAGUGUGGGAACGGCAUGGCAGGUUGGGUUUGGUAACAUUGGGGGUAUCAUCUCGACAUAUGCCUUCUUGAAGAAGGACGCUCCCGAGUAUCGGCCCGGAUACAGCAUCAGCGUCUCGUUCCUCGCUUUCUCGGCGGCGUGCUGCAUUGCCUAUUUCUUCGCAGUGUGGCAUGACAACAAGCGUCGCGACCGGGAAAUGGCCAAUGGAGCUGUUUUGCCCAGCGAAGAGGAACGGGAGCUGCAAGGCGACAUGGCCUUGGAUUAUCGUUAUGCGUAUUAG